GUUUACAAGAGGGUUCAACGCACUGGAAAGAAGAGAAGCUUCGAAGUACGCCGCGGGCGAUUUCCUCAGGCUAGGAACGCUGUAACGAACACAGUUGAACAAGCAGGUAAGCAGCUCCCGACAUCCAAUCUCAAAGUCGCAAAUACUGACCUGCCAGACGCCUUGAAGUCCGCAGUCCGCCAACUCCUCGCCACCAUGUUCGCAGACAUCGUGGAGAAAGACCGCACUCUCGCAAAAUGGACAGACGAAACCACACAGUGUUUUCUCGUGCACCUAAUCUCAGACCUCGACCUUGACGGCUCCUUCCUAACCCGCUACGUGCACCCCUCGCCGCAGAUCUUCGACAUGGACUUCAACCUCGGCCUCGGCUUUGUAUCGAAUUGGCUGCAAGGCUCACUCACCAACAUCAAGAUCUCUUAUGCGGAAGGCGAUGUCGAUCUGCAGAUGCCGUUCUGCGUCCUGGAGACUACUCAGAGCAGAGCCAACAAGCGUGCCAGAGCACUGCAGCUCUUCAACCCUGGUGAGAAAGUGGGCAUUGCCACGCUGGACUUUGUGGCGCUGAAGAGCGCAAAGCUGGUGGCGAGCGCUGAACAUACGUUCGACUUCCUCCGGGUUUCAAGAGAAGGCUUUCGCUGCGGGAAGAAGCUACUAGCGUGGACUGAGAAUGAUGAAGACGGCCAGUCCGCAAAGGCUUUGCGGAGCGCGGUGCUGACAGUCGUUGAAUGGGAAGAUUCAGGUGAAGAUCCCACGGCAGAGAGCGAAGAGGAAGAGCUGCGUAUGGCGGCACAGAAGCCUUUGCCAGACGACAAAAGUGAAGAGCAGUGGGCCAAGUGGGCCAACCCUUCAGAGAAGAAGGAUUCCGGCACCAUAAGUCGAACUGCAUCGCGAAGUUCGAAAGAUGUGAAGCUAGACUCGGUGGGAGUUUCGUUCGCUGACUAUGAAGGGUAUCCGAGGUUUCGCUCCUUGUGAUGAGGUCCUCUUACAGUUGCUGCUGUCUUGCGACGUGAGUCAACACA